AUGACAGUGAAGCAGAAACACUCGAGUCUGCUAGAAGUAAUGUCACAGGUAGCUGAACAGGAGUUGCAACAGUUACCAGACUUUGUAGAGUCUUGCUCUAUGGUCUACAUUCCUGAGGCGGGAUACAUGUUGGCCAUUCCUUACUGGGACACUGAUCUCACAGAAGAACAGCUGCAAUCUAUGCCUAACCUCCAGUUCAAGUUCAAAACCACAGAUAUUGUCCAUUACAAGAGUGCACGCUGUUACGAAUUAGAUAGCUUGUUGGGUGAUGUACAGUUAAAAGUCAUUGAAAUCGAGUCAAGAAUUGUUUUGAAACUCGUCCAGUACAUCCAACGUAACAUAGCACCCCUAGUUCAGUUGACAUCUCUUAUUGCCGAACUUGAUUGCUUGUUGGCAUUAACACAAUCUGCUAGAGAUUACAAUCUGGUUCGCCCAACUCUGACAAAGGACAAACAAAUACACAUAACUAAAGGGCGUCACAUCCUGCAAGAACUUUGUGUAGAUGUUUUUGUACCCAAUGAUACUAAUUCCAAUGAAGAACAUGGUUUUGUGAAAAUCUUGUCUGGUCCCAAUGCCAGUGGCAAGAGCGUGUACCUCAAGCAGGUGGCCUUGAUAGUCUACUUGGCACAUGUUGGAAGUUUUGUUCCAUCCGAACAUGCCACCAUUGGCAUCUUGGACGAGAUUCACACUCGUGUACAAACUGUGGAAUCUAUCAGCACUCAUCUGUCAGCUUUUAUGUUGGAUCUCAGGCAGAUGUCAACUAGCCCUUCGGAACUCCCAGUUCUAACUCUCUUGUACUUGUUGAUGAGUUUGGAAAAGGAACAACUGAGAUAGAUGGACUUGGGAUUCUCUCCGCAUGUUUGGAACACUUCAUUGAAAGAGGAAAUGACUGUCCUCAUUUGUUCGUCCUCAACUCAUUUUCACUCAUUGCCUAAGAUGCUACCUACCUCUCCUGCUGUCAAA